CGACCAGGCUCUGGGUCUGUCAGCUUCCGCGACCCUCCUCUUGCGGCCGGGCUGUGGCGCGGCAGACGAGUCGUGGUGGUGCUUAGUCCACGGGACACCGCGGACACGCAGGGGUGUUCGUACCGCCUCCAGAAGGAUCAGUCUGCCUGGUUCCGUCCGUACCCCACUUGGAGGCCUCGGUCAUGUUCUUCAGGGCCCAGGUGAGGCGAGCUCUUCAGCGAGUGCCCGGGAAGCAGCGAUUCGGCAUCUACAGAUUCCUGCCCUUCUUUUUUGUCUUGGGAGGAACGAUGGAGUGGAUCAUGAUUAAAGUGCGCGUGGGCCAGGAGACCUUCUAUGAUGUCUACCGUAGAAAAGCUUCAGAAAGACAGUAUCAGAGAAGGCUGGAAGAUACAUCAGAAACCAAUCUUCAUAAGUUAAUAAAGUAAAUAUGAAUUUUCA